GUUUGGUUGUAACAGACAAUGCAGAUCUUCGUGAAGACCCUGACCGGCAAGACCAUCACCCUGGAGGUGGAGCCCAGUGACACCAUCGAGAACGUCAAGGCCAAGAUCCAGGAUAAGGAAGGCAUCCCUCCCGACCAGCAGAGGCUGAUCUUUGCAGGCAAGCAGCUGGAAGAUGGCCGCACCCUGUCUGACUACAACAUCCAGAAGGAGUCCACCCUGCACCUGGUCCUGCGCCUGCGAGGUGGCAUGCAGAUCUUCGUGAAGACCCUGACCGGCAAGACCAUCACCCUGGAGGUGGAGCCCAGUGACACCAUCGAGAACGUCAAGGCCAAGAUCCAGGAUAAGGAAGGCAUCCCUCCCGACCAGCAGAGGCUGAUCUUUGCAGGCAAGCAGCUGGAAGAUGGCCGCACCCUGUCUGACUACAACAUCCAGAAGGAGUCCACCCUGCACCUGGUCCUGCGCCUGCGAGGUGGCAUGCAGAUCUUCGUGAAGACCCUGACCGGCAAGACCAUCACCCUGGAGGUGGAGCCCAGUGACACCAUCGAGAACGUCAAGGCCAAGAUCCAGGAUAAGGAAGGCAUCCCUCCCGACCAGCAGAGGCUGAUCUUUGCAGGCAAGCAGCUGGAAGAUGGCCGCACCCUGUCUGACUACAACAUCCAGAAGGAGUCCACCCUGCACCUGGUCCUGCGCCUGCGAGGUGGCAUGCAGAUCUUCGUGAAGACCCUGACCGGCAAGACCAUCACCCUGGAGGUGGAGCCCAGUGACACCAUUGAGAACGUCAAGGCCAAGAUCCAGGAUAAGGAAGGCAUCCCUCCCGACCAGCAGAGGCUGAUCUUUGCAGGCAAGCAGCUGGAAGAUGGCCGCACCCUGUCUGACUACAACAUCCAGAAGGAGUCCACCCUGCACCUGGUCCUGCGCCUGCGAGGUGGCAUGCAGAUCUUCGUGAAGACCCUGACCGGCAAGACCAUCACCCUGGAGGUGGAGCCCAGUGACACCAUCGAGAACGUCAAGGCCAAGAUCCAGGAUAAGGAAGGCAUCCCUCCCGACCAGCAGAGGCUGAUCUUUGCAGGCAAGCAGCUGGAAGAUGGCCGCACCCUGUCUGACUACAACAUCCAGAAGGAGUCCACCCUGCACCUGGUCCUGCGCCUGCGAGGUGGCAUGCAGAUCUUCGUGAAGACCCUGACCGGCAAGACCAUCACCCUGGAGGUGGAGCCCAGUGACACCAUCGAGAACGUCAAGGCCAAGAUCCAGGAUAAGGAAGGCAUCCCUCCCGACCAGCAGAGGCUGAUCUUUGCAGGCAAGCAGCUGGAAGAUGGCCGCACCCUGUCUGACUACAACAUCCAGAAGGAGUCCACCCUGCACCUGGUCCUGCGCCUGCGAGGUGGCAUGCAGAUCUUCGUGAAGACCCUGACCGGCAAGACCAUCACCCUGGAGGUGGAGCCCAGUGACACCAUCGAGAACGUCAAGGCCAAGAUCCAGGAUAAGGAAGGCAUCCCUCCCGACCAGCAGAGGCUGAUCUUUGCAGGCAAGCAGCUGGAAGAUGGCCGCACCCUGUCUGACUACAACAUCCAGAAGGAGUCCACCCUGCACCUGGUCCUGCGCCUGCGAGGUGGCAUGCAGAUCUUCGUGAAGACCCUGACCGGCAAGACCAUCACCCUGGAGGUGGAGCCCAGUGACACCAUCGAGAACGUCAAGGCCAAGAUCCAGGAUAAGGAAGGCAUCCCUCCCGACCAGCAGAGGCUGAUCUUUGCAGGCAAGCAGCUGGAAGAUGGCCGCACCCUGUCUGACUACAACAUCCAGAAGGAGUCCACCCUGCACCUGGUCCUGCGCCUGCGAGGUGGCAUGCAGAUCUUCGUGAAGACCCUGACCGGCAAGACCAUCACCCUGGAGGUGGAGCCCAGUGACACCAUCGAGAACGUCAAGGCCAAGAUCCAGGAUAAGGAAGGCAUCCCUCCCGACCAGCAGAGGCUGAUCUUUGCAGGCAAGCAGCUGGAAGAUGGCCGCACCCUGUCUGACUACAACAUCCAGAAGGAGUCCACCCUGCACCUGGUCCUGCGCCUACGGGGUGGUGUCUAAGUUCUCCCCCUCAGCUUUCAGCACAUUUCAUCACACUUUUCUUUCAAUAAAGUUCUUGCAUUCCCAA